GUCCGCCCGCAGACUCUCCCCCCCUUCCUUCGCAGCCGCCCUUCACUCACGAACCCUUCCUUCGCACGAACACUUCCUUCACAGCCGCCGAAGACCCGCCGACGACCAGCAACGCCGCCGCCCUUCCAUCUCUCUGCAACGCCGCCGCCGCCCUUCCUCUGCUCGCCAUUGUCGUCGUCGCCGGGAGAAGGUGAGUCGCCCUGUCUGAUGGAUCUUUCCUUUUUUUUUUCUUUUCGUGAAUGUAAAUGGGGCGGGUGGAAAACCUGCUGCCGGCGGGCAAAAGACAGGUCGGCGACCUGUCUUUUGCCCGCCGGCAGCAGGUUUUCCACCCGCCCCAAGCCGUCAUGAGCAGCUUCUUCCCACGCCCGGAUGUGAGGUGAGGCGGGCAGGGUAUCCGCCUGCAUCGGGCGGUGGCUGGGUCGCCAACCCGCCCCCGACCCGGUCCAGUCGGGUAUCCGACCCGCCCGGCCCGGUUCGGUCUGGUUUUCCAACCGGUCUGGUUCUGUUCUGCCUAUUUUUUUAAUUUAAAUGCAUAGGUUUAUGAAUUGUUGAUUUUAUUAAUAAUAAUUGUGAAUGAUUAUUUAUGCGACAUACAUUAGAAUGUGAAUUUUGAUAAACUUGAUUUGAAUUGUUAAUUAUAAUUAGCUGAUGUUUUGUUAUUUUGACAAUAUAAGUAGUAUUCAAUUGAUAAAGUUUAUGAUUGUUAAUGAUUAUUAGGAAUAGUUAAAAAGUUUAGGAUGAUUAAUAAUAAUUCUGAAAAAAUUUAUUUUCUUGAUAGUUGGUAAAAAUGAACGAAAGAAAGGGAAAGUCGAGGGUUGUUGGACGCAAUGUUACUGGAUCUGAGCGGAGAAAACGUCAGGAGGAGAAGGAUAGAGCUCUUGAGCUGGAGCGUCAGGAGAAGCUUGCUCGUCAAGCUGUAGUUGAUCCUGCCCACUCUAGCCAUGAUUCUCGACAGAUGCGAGUCAUCAACACAUAUGAUGACUUGGUAGAGGAUGCCACGAGCAGUGAUGAUGAGUGUGAUGAGGGUGAUGAGGAGGGUGAGGAGGAGGGUGACUUGUUGCCGUUUCCUGAUGCUUUUUACCAGGGCCAUCCUGUAGGUUCGAGCGAUCACGUGUCUACUGGCUCGACACAUGUUAGUACUCGGGUUGGGCCGCUACGUGGUAAGGAUGGGCGUUUUGCUUCAUCAUCUAGUGGGAGCGUCUCUUCACGGAAGAAGUUGGUGGAUCAGACAUGGCUGCUUACAGGAGCAGGUCCUGGGGGUCCGAGUGACCACAGUUUGAUCCCUAGUUUCGGUGGUCACAUAAGCCAUCGUUUGUGGACUUUGGGUUUGGAUUUUCGAGUGAUGUCUGAGUAUCAGUUCUACACUCGGCAGGGUGGAGUGGAUCGACUGAGGUUGUACAAGUUCUCGACUCCACGUGUAGAGAACUUGGUUAGGGCAUCUAAUUUGUACCACUUGAGUAGUUGCAUGAUGCAUAGUGUGGAUUACCCUCUCUUGGAGGCGUUUAUUGAGAGGUGGCAGCCGGAUACCAACACGUUUCACAUGCCGUUCGGGGAGAUGACCAUCACUCUUCACGAUGUUUCAUUCCUGCUCCAGAUUCCAGUGGAUGGAGAGUUACUUGCUGCACCAGCUAAGGGUGAUCCGUCGUUCGUGAGUGGGAUUGUUGAUCUUCUUGGGAUUCCAGAUAAGAAUGCAGUGGCAGCGCGUGGCAUCCGUUGGUAUGACGGUGGUGGGAUGUUGGUAGAUGAGGCCAUGACACGUCUACAUGCUAGGGAGGAUGGGGAUGCUGAGGCACGAUGCUAUUUGAUGUGUUUGAUAGGGUCCACGCUUUUUGUGGAUAAGAGUUCUGAUCGUGUUCGUGGAUGGUUGUACUCUUACUUCAGAGAUUUGCAGAUGGUUAGUAAGUAUGCAUGGGGUGCUGGUGCGCUUGCCUGGAUGUAUAGACAGCUUGGGAGAUCUAGUCGAGCAGGAUCUAAAGGAUUUUCUGGGUGCUUGACCUUGUUACAGGCUUGGAUCUAUGAGUAUUUUCUGGGUGCUUGACCUUGAUGUCCGGAUGUUGGAUGUUGGAUGUUUCAUAUUUGAGGUUUGGAUGUUAGAUCUUUGAUAUUUGUGUUUUUUAGUAAAUUUGCACAUGUUACUUGAUUCAUUUAACCUAAAAUAAAUCAAAGCACACAGUAAAAUAAUAAUAAUAAUAAAACACAAUCUAAGGAAACAACACUUAUCCACUCACUUCUGAGGUAGUCCAUCAACUUUUCGUUUUUACCCCAAUGACCAUUUUGCAAGUCUCGCCAACACCGUUGGAACCCUGCCUCGGUAUUGGCAUUCAAGACUCUCCCCCAUGGACCUUCUAUAAACCACUCGGCAGAAUCACGACUGAUCCUAAAAGACAACAUUUUAGCUUCAAUGUUCCUCUUCAUGUGCCACACACAUAGUAAAUGAGCUGAAGAUGGAAAGAUCUGUCGCAAUGAGACACCCAAACCUCCCUCCUUAUCGGUAACAAACGCAUCCGGUGUUCAAUCACCAAGCAGAUGCUUCAAUUGCAUCAAAACCCAAGCAUAUGUCUCCUUCGUCUCAUCCGACACCAAUGCAAACCCAAUAUUGAAGUUCUUCUUCACCGGACUAACACCAAUCAACUGAACUAGUGGCUGCUUAUACUUGUUAGUCUUGUAAGUUGAGUCUAUCAAAAUGACGAAAUACCAUGCACUCAACAUCCGAAUAGACUCUGGAUGGCAAAGGAAGAGUCUAGAAACACGACGCUCAUCAUCAAACUCGCACUGAACAAAGUAAUCGAGACGUUGAGCUUCUAUCAAUGUCCACCGCAUAGGUUUCAUGCCACCCAAUCUCUCACGCCUAAUCUUUUCUGUCUCGUUAUAAAUCUGCUUCAUAUGGUGAUGAGCAUCGUACUUCCUAUUCAAAAAACUCCGAAUAUCUCUUGCCUGAGUAUGUGUUGCCUCCAACUCCUUAAUAUCUAUUCUUCUCUCUUUCGAAAGAGAAUUCCUUUGCCUACUUCCUUCAGAAUAAACCUCAAAUUUGUGAUUGUGAAAUCCUCUCGACUUACCCGGAUUAUCUUUGUCCUUAACACCAAAAAUUCUCCACUCACACUUGCCAUCUACCAAUGAACAACGCACUACCACGCGGAAACGACAAUCAGACUUACUUGUUUUAGAUUUGCUCCGUGUUGUUUUUGCCAAAUCAGGAGUAUAUGACUUGUUCCUAUAGCCAUGGCUGCAAUCCAUAUAGUACCGCGGAUAUUUUUCUGAUGAGUGAUUUUGCUUGACUGAUCCCACAAUCAAGGAAAACCUAUUUCUCAUGGCAAUCUCCCUUGCAGCCGCACAAGCAUCAUCAUGGGUAUCAUAAACAACAUCGUUUAUGAAAAAUGAUGUGUAAUCAACAUUGUCACCCUUA